AUGGCAUUCCUAACAAAGUUAAAAACAAGUAAAUUGACUGCUAGAAAAACAUCUAAGGAUGAACCAUCUGAAGAGCCAACAAAAGAGGAGAAUGAAGAAAUUGAACGACCUGAAGAGAAGAUGGUGUUCUAUAGAGAUAGACAGAAGGCAAAUAUUCAAUCAAGAAUUGGUGGUUUAAGCAGGAAUCUGACUAGUCUGAGUAAUAAUGGUGGGGGAAUGGAGGAAGAUUAUGAACAGAAUAUGGUCAAAUCUCAUUUAAAAGAUAGAGAAAAGACGGAUGACGACAUCAAAACUAUUUCCAAGGCUUUGGCAGGGAACGUUGUAGGAGCUUCAUUGAAUGAAUCAGAAAUUGCUACUCUGGUUAGCUCUAUGCAUUACUAUGAAUAUGAAGCAGGGGAGGUGGUGAUAGAACAAGGAGCAUCCGGUUUUUACUUUUUUGUUAUUUCUUCAGGAAGUUUUGGGGUUGAAAUUAAUGGAAAUAGAGUCAACACUAUGUCAGGAGGAACAGCUUUUGGAGAGCUGGCACUUAUUCAUAAUACUCCAAGAAGUGCUACUAUUCUUGUGAUUGAAAAGGGAGGAUUGUGGGGACUAGGGAGAUCCACAUUUAGAGAUACUCUAAGACUAAUUUCAUCCCGAAAUUACGAAGAAAACAGAACGUUCAUUGAAAGCUUGUCAAUUUUUUCAGGGCUAACUGACAAGCAAAAGAAUCUUUUGUCAGAAGCUUUAGUUAGAGAGAUCUUUGUUAAGGACCAAGUUAUUAUAAGAGAAAAAGAGAUAGGAAAUGUAUUAUAUAUGAUUAAAAGUGGAAUAGUUGGAGUUUUUGUUGAGGAUAAAUAUAUCCGUUCUUUGAAUGAGGGGGACGCUUUUGGAGAGAGAGCCCUCAUGUUUGACGAACCAAGAUCAGCAACUGUAAUUGCAAGUGCAACAACUGAAUGUCUAACUUUGAAUAGGGGAGUUCUGACUCAGAUUUUAGGUAACUUAGGACAAGUUUUGAGCAAGAACUUAAUUCAACAAUCUCUACAAAAUUCUCCAAUCUUCAAGCAAUUUACUAAAAAUCAAAUGCAGAUACUACUUGAUAAGAUUUCUAUUAAGAAUUUUAAAAAAAAUGUGAUAUUGUCUGGAGCUGAAACUAAGGCAUUGAAUAUGAGAGCUUUUAUUAUUUUAGAAGGAGAAGUACAAGUCUCUCUUCCAUCAAAUUGGCUUUCUAGAAGGGCUAGCAGCUUAACUUCUAUGGUAAUAGAUAAAUCUAUUGGGUCUGUUAAUAAUUACUCACUUUCUGAUUAUAUAAAUGUUAACUUGGGAAGAGGAGACUACUUCGGGGAUGACUUUGUGUUUCAUCCAAAAAUUCCCUUUGUAUGCAAGAUUGAGAUGAAAACUGAUUCUACAAUUGGAGUAAUUACAUCUUCCAUGCUUUCUGAGUGCUUUGGAGAUGAGAAUGUUGAUGUUGGGCUUGAGAUUAAUAGAAAACGAGAUGCAAUCAAAUCGUGUUUUGUCUUCCAAUACGUCUCAGAACAACAACUAAGUCUUUUAGUAAAAUCUCUAAGGCUUGUCAAAUUCACCAGCGGUGAGAAAAUUGUUGUACAAGGUGACAAAGGAACAGCUUUCUUUAUCCUACAAUCAGGUGAAGUUGCAGUUUACAGAAAUAACAAGUUUAUUCGUUAUCUUGGAAAGAAUGACUACUUUGGUGAAAGAGCUCUCCUAUAUGAUGAGUUGAGAUCUGCUACCAUAGAGGCUGCAACCCCUGAAGUACAUCUAUGGACCGUAGAUAAAGAAGCCUUUCUAAAGAUUGUGGAACCUCCAAUGAGACGAUACCUGGAUGAAAGAAUCAAGUUACAAGAAACUAGAGUACAAAUGAGCGAUUUAAAUAUAGUCCAAACAAUUGGAAAAGGCACAUUUGGAGUUGUAUAUAUGGUUGAAAAUACUAAGUCUGGAAAUAAAUACGCUCUUAAGAAAGUUUCCAAGUCCAGAAUUUUGGCGCUCAACAUGCAGGCACAUGUAAAAUUGGAAAGGUCCAUUUUGGCGCUCAAUGACCAUCCAUUUAUAGUUAAAUUGGUAAGGACAUUUAAAGACACAGAAAACAUAUAUUUACUGACAGAAUUAGUUCCUGGUGGUGAACUAUACGACGCAAUACAAAGAAUUGGUUUAUUAACAAGAUACCAAGCUCAGUUUUAUAUAGGUUCAAUAAUACUAGCUCUGGAAUACUUGCAUGAGAGAUCUAUAGUCUAUAGAGAUUUGAAGCCUGAAAACAUAUUAUUGGAUUCUCAAGGUUAUAUAAAACUGAUUGAUUUUGGGUGUGCAAAGAAGAUUACUGGUAGGAGUUAUACUUUGGCAGGCACACCACAUUAUAUGGCUCCUGAGGUGAUUCUCGGAAAAGGAUAUAACUUAAGUUGCGAUGCAUGGGCUAUUGGGGUUUGUUUAUAUGAAUUUGUAUGUGGAUAUCUUCCAUUUGGGAAUGAUGCUGUUGACCAUUUAGAGAUUUUCAAGGACAUUUUGACUUCAAAGUUGGUGUUCCCAAGACAUUUGAAUGAUGUAGAUACUGUUAAUAUAAUAAAGAGAUUAUUAUGUAGGGUCCCAGAGGUCAGAAUGGGAUGUUCAGCUACAGGUUAUAAAGAAAUUAAAGAUAAUGCUUUCUUCAAAGACUUCAACUUUGAUAGGUUGUUGGGACGAAGUUAUGUUGCUCCACUCGUUAGGAAAUAUCGUGUUUUUGCAAAGAACGCAGGGAGCGAAAACAAUAUUGAAAAUAUAACUGGAGCUAUUCAGGAUUUAGAGGUUUUAAGUCCCAAAAAUUCCAAUAUUAAAUCGAAUCUGAACAUUAAUUCCAGUGGUACCAGAGGUCAAUCUAGUAAUGUAAGAGGUAACAAGAUCGACGAGUUUGAUUGGGAUGUAGAGUUCUAA